UUACCUAGCCUAUCGCCAUUUUAGAAUAAAAAUUUGUUUUAAGAGCAAUUGACAUUUGUUAGCUUCGUUGUUAUUUAUAUUAUUAAUUCUUCGAUAUAGUUGUAUUUGAGAUAAUAAAUUGAAAAAUGGGCGAAGAUUAUAAUGGAGCCAGGUAAAUAAGUCGGGUGGAUGAUUGUAAUGGCCGGAGAAACAUUCACGAGAAUAGUAAACAUAUCUUGAAGCGUGCUCUUUUAAUAACUCUGAGAAAAUCUUAAACCAUCAAACAUUUAAUUAAUUUUAACGAAUAAGAUAACAUUUGAAUAUUUUUUGCAAGAUCUUGUGAAUUUAUCGAUAACCUGAAAAUAAGCAUCUACGAAGAUUAUUCUUAUGGAUCGAGACCGUCAAGAUCGUGAAAAGGAUAGAGAUAGGGAUAGAGAUCGUGAUAGAAGACACAGAUCUCGUAGUAGAGAUCGUAGAAAACGUUCUCGUUCGCGUUCUAAAGAUCGAAGAGAUAGAAAAAGAAGUAGUUCACCUAAAAAAAGUCGCAGUUCUAGAAGAAGAAAAGCAUCUCUUUAUUGGGAUGUUCCACCACCUGGAUUUGAACAUAUUACUCCUUUGCAGUAUAAAGCUAUGCAAGCUGCAGGACAAAUACCUGCAAACAUUGUGGCAGAUACACCGCAAGCAGCUGUACCAGUUGUUGGCAGUACAAUAACUCGUCAAGCAAGGAGACUUUAUGUAGGAAACAUUCCAUUUGGUGUGACUGAAGAAGAAAUGAUGGAGUUUUUUAAUCAACAAAUGCAUCUAUCUGGUCUUGCUCAAGCUGCUGGAAAUCCAGUAUUAGCAUGUCAGAUCAAUUUAGAUAAAAACUUUGCUUUCUUAGAGUUCCGUUCAAUAGAUGAAACAACACAAGCUAUGGCAUUUGAUAGUAUCAACUUCAAAGGACAAAGUUUAAAAAUAAGAAGACCACAUGAUUAUCAGCCAAUGCCAGGAAUGACUGAUAAUCCAAGUAUGAACGUGCCAGGUACGGUUCCCGAUUCACCUCACAAGAUCUUCAUUGGUGGUUUACCCAAUUACUUGAAUGAGGAACAGGUGAAGGAGUUACUGAUGAGUUUUGGACAACUAAGAGCAUUCAAUCUAGUAAAGGAUUCAGCUACAGGUCUAUCCAAGGGUUAUGCAUUCUGCGAAUACGUUGAUGUAUCAAUGACUGAUCAAGCAAUUGCUGGAUUAAAUGGAAUGCAGUUAGGAGACAAGAAACUGAUUGUUCAACGAGCUAGUGUUGGUGCCAAGAAUCCUAUGAUUGGUGCACAAGCUCCAGUCCAAAUUCAGGUGCCUGGACUAUCAAUGGUGGGCACAAGUGGACCUGCUACUGAGGUUCUUUGUUUGCUAAAUAUGGUAACACCAGAAGAAUUAAUGGAAGAAGAAGAAUAUGAAGAUAUUUUAGAAGACAUCAAAGAAGAAUGUAAUAAAUAUGGCGUGGUUCGAUCUGUGGAAAUACCCAGACCUAUAGAAGGAGUUGAUGUACCUGGAUGUGGGAAAGUAUUUGUCGAAUUUAAUAGCGUGAUUGAUUGUCAGAAAGCACAGCAGACUCUAACAGGACGAAAAUUCAAUAAUCGCGUUGUUGUAACAUCGUAUUUUGAUCCUGACAAAUAUCAUCGCAGAGAAUUUUAAAAAAUAGGUUUUCUUUCUUUCAUACUAAUUACUAAUUGACUCCAGUGUAUAAUAUAUAUAUUAAACGAAUAAUAUAUCUAAUGAGUCCAAAAAUUAAUAAUUCUCUUUUAUCAAAAUGUACAAAAUGAAAUGUAAUUGAUUUUCAAUCAUACAUGCAUUAAAUGGUAAUUGUAAUUGUUGUAAUUUACGUAUCUUUCGAUGAUAUAACCGUAUAAGUAAUUCAUAAUUUAUAAAAUUGCUAAUAAAGAAAGAAAAAAAAAAUAAUAUAAA